GGGGGGGGGGGGGGGGUUGCGGGAGUCUAGGCCGCUGCUGGUGCCCUUCAUGGACUUGUUGAACUUCAACUUUGUUCAGGGGAACGUCCAGGUGGUCGCGGCUUGGCCGAGCGAUCGCGGUGACGGCGGCGACAGCCGGGAGGGGGUCUUGGUAGAGUUCGACGAGGAAGAGUGGGAGUACGAGAGGCCGGAAGAGCCAGAGGUCUGGCUGGUCGCCACUCGCCGCGUGGCUGCCGGCGGCAGCUUGGAGGUGAAGGAGGACUACAGCAACGAGCGGCGGCUAUGCAACUACGGGUUCGUGGACAUCAACCGACGAAGAGAGCGCAACCACUUUAGGUUCGAGAAGAAGAUCUUGAGAGCCGCUCGCAUCCACGCCGGCAUCCUAGACGAGCAGUUCGGGUCGAAGUUCGAGCAAGACGGCUUGGAGCCGUGGCAGCAGCGGGCCCUGAUCGAGCUUAAGCUAGACGGACCGGAGCAGGACCUUACGGUCUACUUGGGGGGGGACUCAACGAACGGGAGGUUGCCGGUGGACGGGCGUCUGCUGGCAGCUUUGCGGGUGAUGUUCACGCGCAGCAGGAAGGAGAUGGAGGGGAAGACCGUGAGCGAGCUCAGCAGGUACAAGACGGGGAAGCUUUCCGACUACGUUGAGCGGCGUGUGCUGGCGACGGUGCUGGGUCUGGUGAGCGUCUACGGGCAGCGGUGGCCCAGCACGCAAGAGCAAGACGAGGAGAUUCUCUAUGGACGGCAAGUGCCCCCCAGCCACCGAGAGAAGCUGAGCCUACCGCCGCCAUGGCAAGACAGGGUCCUGCCGGAGGUGCCUGUGGGCCACCUUGAGACCCGGGAGGUGGCCUGGGCAAACGCUUUGCAAGCAAGGGGGUCGGAGGCGAAGGAGGGGUGCGGGGAGAAGAAGGUUCGCGACGACGGCAAUGAGGGUGAGGACCAAGGCAAGGAGAAAAACGGGAUGGUCGGGGCACAAGACGUCGAGGAGGACAAGGACGAGCAGGAGGGUGAAGAUGGAGGCGAUGAUGAUGACGUUCUGCGCGUAAAUCCGGAGCUGAGCUGGGAAAUGUCUCAGGCGGUUGCGUUCCGCUACGCGAAGAAGAGAACGCUCAGCGACGUGUCGCUCAUCGCGACGGCCGAGCUUAGAGAUAUGGGGCUCGUGGAGGGGAUGCUGGAGAACGCCAAAAUCGACGUCCGUUCCUUCGCUAAGGGAGGACUAGAAGGACGUUACCCCGUUGUGGACGAUGACGAGCUGCCUCUCGAAGAGUAACAAAAGAGGCAGCGUGGCGCUUGUUGAAGGUCCUGCGCCCUUUGCUGGCGACACAGCGCACCGUGGUUCGAGAAAUUGGCUGGUGUGCUCGAUGGGAUAGAUACGUUCAAUCAAAACCCCGCCAGCGCGCACGAUGAAAAGCAUGAAAGACAGAGAGAGGGCCUUUGCCAGCAUGUU